AUGGCCCCUCCGGUGCACACGGCGCUCCGCCGCCGCCUCCGCCUCCGCCCUCCGCCUCCGCCUCCGCUCCCGGUGCUGCUCCCGGUGCUGCUGCUGCUGCUGCUGCCGCCGCCGCUGGUGCUGCUGUUCGCCCCGGUCCCGGUGGCCUCGGCGGCGAUCCACGAGGACGACAUCCCGGGAGACGACAGCCCCGACACGGCCACGGCCGCGGCCAACACCGACCACCUGGAAUUUGACGACUAUCGCGGCAAAGGCUGUGUGGACGACAGCGGCUUCGUGUACACGUUGGGCGAACGCUUCUUCCCCGGUCACUCGAGCUGCCCGUGCGUGUGCACCGGGGACGGGCCGGUGUGCGACCAGCCCGAGUGUCCCCAAAUCCACCCCAAGUGCACGAAGAUCGAGCACAACGGCUGCUGCCCCGAGUGCAAGGAAGUCAAAAACUUUUGCGAGUAUCGCGGGGAAACGUACAAAGUGUUGGAAGAGUUCAAGCCGUCUCCCUGUGAGUGGUGUCGGUGUGAGGCGAGCAGUGAAGCUCACUGUGUGGUGGCGGACUGCGCCGUACCCGAGUGCGUCAACCCGGUCUAUGAACCCGAACAGUGUUGCCCUAUUUGCAAGAACGGUCCAAACUGUUUUGCAGGUUCCACAAUCAUUCCAGCAGGGAAGGAAGUAAAGGUGGACGAGUGCACUAUAUGUCACUGCUCACAGAAUGGAGACUGGUGGAAGACUGAAAGACAAGCCACUUGUGUGAAACGUGAAUGUGAUCGCCUCUGAACUGGACCAGCCCAGCUGUUGUACUUACCAUAACUGCCAGCAAAGCAGCAGCAUAGAAUGCUGUAAAGCCAAAAAUAUUGCCUAGCUCUACAUAUUGCAACAGCCAAAGGAAGAUCUAGAUUUCUAAGGCAAGCACUGUUUCAUGAACCAAUAUUUUUUUAGAUUGUUGAUUAAUUAUUCUAUCCGUGGGUGCAUUUUGGUUGAAAGUUAAACAAGGUUUUUGACUGCCAAUUACCGAUAUUUUUGGUUUUACAGUUUCUAAAUUAGUUGAACCUGCUUCUUGUGUCAUCUGAAGGGAUUUCCUGGUCCUUUAUUACACUGCCUGUUUCCACUUAACAUUAGAAGCUGUUUGCAGGCAAACAUUGUACUUUUAGAAUAUCUGAAUUUAGUUCACCUGUGGUCUUCUGCACUUUGCUCUGUGCUUUAUAUACAUUCAAUUUGAUCAACUGGACGGAGGGAAGCUGUCAUAUUCCAAGACUGUUCAAUUUUUAGUCUGAUACACUAUUUGUGUGCCUGAAACUAAAUGACAAUAUUAUAAUGUAAAAAAAUGACUAUGUGGAAUUACAACUGAACUGUAUUUAGU